UUUGAAAGGUAGGAACGUCUCUACGCUCUUGUAGCACACGGGACGGUCUCAUCAGUUGCGCACUGCUCGACACAGAGGUCAAACUUUCGUCACAAGUUUUUGUCUUUUUUUAGAGAUUUGGAUUAAAACCACGUCGAUAAUCAUUUAAUAUUUAAUCUUGACAUUUGAACUCGGUCUCCUGCAGAUUUUCUCUUGUCGAUUUUUGAAAGUGACUAAACGUUUUUAAGUAGUUUGAAUCUGCGGCUCAGUUUCCCGGCACAUGUCCUUCGGUCCGCUGGAAGGAGGAUUUUCACAUCCAACGCCGACCUCAGAGACUGAUUCUGAAUCAUGGCGGUCCAGGUGUCCGAGUCCGACCAGAUCAAACAGUUCAAGGAGUUCCUGGGGACCUACAACAAGGUGACGGAGAACUGCUUCAUGGACUGCGUCAAAGACUUCACCACCAGAGACGUGAAGCCAGAGGAGUCCAGCUGCUCCGAGUCCUGUCUGCAGAAGUAUCUGAAGAUGACUCAGCGGAUCUCCAUGAGGUUUCAGGAGUACCACAUCCAGCAGAAUGAGGCCCUGGCUGCUAAAGCCGGACUGCUGGGACAACCUCGCUGAACCAGGACCGAACGGGACGGGCAACGUGGCCCAGGCGGGCCGAGCGGAGCCGGACUGAUCCCGGUUCAGCAGGUCCAGUGUCACUGCGGCAGAUGAAUAAAGACUCUGAGCGUUCAGUCAUCAGUCUGUGUGAAACAGCUCAAACGUGCUGCUGAACGGAAAACAGUUAAAACACAAGAUCCGUCAGCUGUUCUGUGUCAAAGCAUCAUGGGUAAUGUAGUAGAAGACAAGAUCAGACUGAUGUGGACAAAAACUGUGGAAUGGUCCUUUAAUGUUGGCUUUUCUUGUUUUAUGUUGAUGUGAAGUUGAAAUGCUUUUUUUUUUUUUUUUUAAAUUAAACAUGACGAACCUCUGAUGUCUUCUUCCU